GCGCAUGCGCUGUGGUUCUAGGCUAUAUCGGAGUAGUGUGUGUGUGUACUGUAUAAGUUGUGUAAGAGGAGUUGUAUAAACGCUAUCCUGCAGGAAGAACCUCUUUUAAGAUGGCCAGCAGCACCGAGUUCACCAAGGACCUUUGCACUCCAGCUUUCAUUGUGGAUCUGGAUAUUGUGAGAAGAAACUCGGACGCAAUGCUGGACCGCUUCCUGAGGCUCGGAGUGCAGCUCCGCCCGCACAUGAAGACCCAUAAGACGCUUGAAUGUGCAGACAUCAUGACCAGGGGCUCACGAAGGUGCAUUGUGGUGUCCACCCUGGCCGAGGCUUCUUUCUAUGCUGAUGGUGGUUAUGAUGAUAUCCUCUACGCAUAUCCUGUAACCGCUGACAAAGUAAAGCGCUGUGCAGAGUUAUCAGAGAGGCUUUCUCUGUUCCAUGUACUGGUGGACAAUAGCUUGGCCCUGCAAGAGCUGAAGGCAUGGCCACUGAAGCAGGGCAAAGUCUGGCAUGUAUGGUUGAAAUUGGACUGUGACAAUGGAAGAGCGGGCAUUCCUCACUGCAGUCCUGCUGCCCUGGAGUUAGCCAAGGAAAUUUCAGAGACAGAAGGGAUGGACCUUACAGGAAUCUAUGCCCACUGUGGAAACACCUAUGGCUGUAAGGGGGAGGUGCAAAUUAAGGCUGUCGCCCAAGAAACGACAACUCUCGUGUUGGAGUUUGUGGAGAAGCUAAAAGCCGCGGGAAUCCAGGAUGUGAAAUCUAGCAUUGGUUCCACCCCUUCAUGUAGCCACCCAGUUUCGGACAUGGCUAUGUUAAAUGAGGUUCAUCCUGGAAAUUAUGUGUUUUAUGAUGUGCAGCAGUCACUCAUUGGCUCCUGUAGCCUUGAGGACAUUGCAGUGCGGGUGCUGACGAGAGUCAUAGGUCACUACCCGCAUAGGAACCAGCUCCUGGUGGACUGCGGCUGGGCCGCCUUGAGUCAGGAUGGUGGAGGACGUUUGCCAACAGGCUAUGCAAUCAUUGAGAGCCAUCCAGAACUAAAAUUGGUGUCAAUGACUCAGGAACAUGGCAGAGUGGAGCCUGUUUCUGGAAAACUGGACUUCAGUCAGUUCCCUCUGGGCUCCAUGCUGUCCCUCAUGCCUUACCAUGCUUGUGCUACAGCUAUGAUGCAUCCAGUCUACAUUAUCCAUUCUAAAGGAAAGGUUGUAGGCACUUGGACACCCACGCGUGGAUGGUAACCUCGAGAAGAGCAAGAUCAGGAGAACUUAUGAGUCAUUCAGCUGUUAACAUGGGGAGAAAUUGUUUAAUAAAUAACAAAAGUUAUUGAAGAAUGUGUUCUGAUCUUGACUGAUAUUUGGGGUAUAACAGUGAAAGUAAUUAAAUUCAUUAAUAAAAUCCACUUCCAAUAGAUGAUUUUCUUUGCAUUUUAAAUAAAAGAAUUGUGAAAGAA